CACGGUUACACAAAGAUGUUACAUGACCUAACGUGAGACAAUGUUUGAUAAGCAAACUUCAGCUUCAGCUUUGACCUAAAGUCGUGUGUCCUAAGAUGAAAAGAGGUCCGACAUGUCUGCAGCAGGACGAGUUUUCAAGAGUCUGAACCGGGUCGCUUUCAAUCGCGGGGUUUUCAUUAAUGACGUCAGGACAGCCUUGAGACUGAACAGUGUGCGGUCCCUAACGUUGAGCUGUCAGAGGCCGGCCCGGUCCAACAAAUCCACGGAUAAUGGGGAGGUGAAUCAUGAGCCUAUCAAGUUCUCCACCAGUAAAGCCAGCCACAGGACAUGGAAAGUAGACCGUACCAUGGGGAGCCAUCAUGAGCGGAAUGGGUCGAAAGUGCUCCCCCUCAGCCUGAUAGGUGUCUGCUUCCUUCUGUGGUGCGUGUUUAGAGGGGAGACGGAGGUUGAUGGACAGCUGGAAAAGAAGUUGUAUGAGCAUUUACCUGGACUGCUUCCAGAUGAAGAGGAGCAAGGCGAAGAUAAGCCAAGCUAGCGGACGUGGGACUCAGAUGUAUAUUUUCUAGGUUAUAUUUAUUGUGAAAUGUGUUUUCAGUAGUGUGCAGUAUAAGUUUUUGCAUCAAAACAUUACCUUGAAAAGCACUGAAGGUGCAGUACUGAUGCCGUCCAGUGCUACAGAAACUUUUUGCCAGUCAAAUGAAUUAUAGAUUGUUUGGCUAUGCUUUGCCUUUUCAAGCUUGAUCAGAAAUUGUGAAUUAAAAUGCAUUUGUUGGAGCAA